AUGACGCCCAUCCCCGGGCGUUGGCAGGCGCUGCUUUGCGCCCCUGAACGGUCGUGUUACGCUGGGAGCCACCUUACUACAGGGGACCUGCGCCAUGCCAUCAGGCCGGAAUCGGGGUCUGGUCCAGACCGUGCUCGGUCCUGUACAUCCAUCGGAGCUGGGCUUCACCACCACCCACGAGCACCUCUACGUCGACUUCUCCUUCAUGUACCGCCCGGCCCAGGACUCGCCGUCCCGGAGCUGGCGGAGGCGCCCAUAACCCUCGAGAACCUCGGAUGGAUACGGCGUAACUACUACAGCAACCGCUCCAACCUUGAGCUGAUGGAUCUGGAUACAGCCAUCGGCGAAGUCCGGAAAUACAGUGAAAUAGGCGGCGGCGCGAUUGUGGACGCGACCACCACGGGCAUCGGCCGCAACCCGAAUGCCCUGGCCCGAAUAUCCCGCGAAUCGGGGCGUUCAUAUCAUUAUGGGCGCCGGUUUCUACGUUGA